CGGGAAGGCGCUUGCUCGGUUUAUUGCCCGGUUGUGCAUUUUGUAUGAAGGAUGGAGACCAUUGUUCGCUUAGAGGGUCUUCAUGCUGAUGCAGACUCUACAGACAUUGAAGAAUUUUUUAAGGGUUUCAACAUUUCCGAUAUUCAGAUUGUUCGUGGGGAACGUGGAGAAGCGUUUAUUGUAUUUGGAUCAGAUAACCAUGCACGUGAAGCCAUAAAAAAGACUGGCAGCUGGAUAAAGAACAAAAGAAUCCUUCUUACACUGAGUAACAAGACAGAAAUGCUUUGUGCAUUUGAGGUCUAUAGAAAAAAGGUGGUACAAACUCUGGAAGCUGCAAAGCAACAAAGUAGAAAAAGAAAAGUAGAUAUGCUUUUAGCGCAACCUGGCAGUUUGUAUGUAUAUUUAUCUGGUAUUUCCCAGGAAACGAAAGAAGCAGGUAUCAUAGAUUUCUUUAAAUCCUUAGCUGUAGAACAGAUCAUAUUUUGUAAAGGUCGUGAUGGCUCAAAAACUGGCAACGGUUUUGUUAAGUUUACCAAUGUAGUACAUGCUAAUGAAGCACUCAAAUUUAACAAAUGCCUAUUGGAUAAGCAAUGUUUAAGUGUUAUAAGUGCCAGUGAAGAGCAGUGGGUCAAUGCUGGUGGAACACUGGAGAAAACCUCUAAAAUUAGGGAAGGUUUCACAAAUGUGAUUGCCUCCAUGCAUCAGCAGCAAUUUUAUAUAUACCUAUUGAACCUGCCUCCCAAAGUUAAAAAAAGUGACAUACGGGAUCUCUUAGAGGAUCCUCAAUUAGAAGACUUUAACAUUUCACUUUUAACAAGCUCUUCAAAAGGAGAGGGAUUUGUGAUGUUUAAAAAUGAGUCACAGUAUCAGGCAGCCCUUUUGGCUCAUGGGAAACACUUGCAUGACUAUCGCAUAUCCAUUCUUCCUAUUUCCAAAAAGGUAAUGUUGGAUAUAGCUGUCUCAUACACCAUUUCUUCGCUCCCAAAAGACAUGUCUACCGUCCCAUGUCCACAAAGGUGUGUUCAUAUGAAAAACCUGUCUCGUGGAGUCACAAAGCAACACAUUCAGGAGUUCUUUGAUGGAUUUCCUAUUGAAGAAUAUGAUAUAUUCUUGAAAUAUGAUAAAAGUGGUUACUUUUCUGGAGAAGCUCUGGUCCGAUUUCCUACUGAAAAAGUGUCAGUCUGUGCUGCAAGACUAAACAAAGAGUGGUUUAUGGGAACAGAAGUUUUAUUGAACAAUAUCACAGAGGACCAGAUAAAAGCCUUUAUUGGGGAUGCUUCACAUGAGCCUACUUUUGCCAAGCAUUAGUAUAAUUUCCAUUGGAUGCUUCUUUUCUGGACAUUUUAUUAGUACACUCAGGAAUAUGAUACCUUCAGUAGGAAUGUAAAGCAUAUGCCCACCUUUUUGAAUUUGAUGGGUAAGGUAAUUACAGAUGCAAAAUUUGCUUAAGGUCCAGUCACCAACCAGAUUGCUUCCAAACUGCAGAGCAGAAAAUGUUAUCUGCUGAUUGGUUGCCAUGGGUUAAUAGAACCAGGGCACAUAUAGCACUUGUUAUUACGUUACUCCCUUAAUAGGGAAAAUAUUUGAGGAUGAAAAAUGAAUAUCCCUGGGUGCUAGUAAUAUACCAACUUCUUAUCGUGAAUUCCAAUGUUUUGGUCGUAUUGUUUAACUGAAACAUUAAAAAUCACUGUAAUGUGGUUUUUUUUUUUUUUUUUUCCUCUUUUUGAAAUCUUCAGUGCACAAAUUAAUUUGUAUUCCAGUAAAAUUUGAUACAAGCAGAUAAAACAUAAUUGGUGAAGAUAUGUGCAUCUGACGAUGCCCUUAUCUUCCUCCUAAUUCUUAGCAUGUGCUGCUGGCGGUUAUACUGUAUAUAAAGUAAUCCACAAUACAAGACCAAAUCGAUGGCAGCACAGAAACAAGUACAUUCCCCAUCAAGAGUGAAUGAUCGGCCCUGAGCAUCAGCUACCCUGGCAGUUAUAACUUUCAGCUAUAAAGUUUUAAGUUAAAUUAUCUAAGUUGUGGACAACCUUGUAGUCAUGGAUCAUAAAUGUUACAGUUUAGUAUAUACUUUUUCAAGUGUUGUUUGCAGCUGUAAAUCAAUAACAUGCUUAUUUUUUUAAAUUAUUUUGUUAUUGUUACCAAGUAAGUUUACACUAAAUCAUCCUUUUCAUGAAAACUAUUAAUGCGGAACUGCCAAAAACCAGGGGGUUUGCCACUCUUGGUAAUUUCACAUAUUCAAAGCAGGUGAAAAAAUGAGAUCACACUAAAGCUGUUGGAGCAACAGGUAGGAUGAGAAUGCCAGCAGUUUUCAGUAUUAAGGGUCUCCAGAACUGUGAGGUAUUGCUUACUGUUAUAGGUUAUUCAAUGUGAAAUAUCAAUGACAUCUGCACCACGGAUUACUUUUUGCCACUUUGCAUUAGAAACCACAUAAACCCACACAGAUACUGCCUGAUUGUUGAUUCCCACUCUUACUGAGCAAUAAACACAAACUGAUUAGCCUUAGUUUUACAGGCCACAUUGGUAGAACUUGCUGGUAUGGGUGUGUGUUAGCAGGUUAGGUUGCAGGUCUCAGUAAAGUGAAAUUCACUCCUGGAUGUAAAAUGUAGAUGGUCAGUUCUGGCUUGUGACUGUGGGUUGGGUUGCAGAUAAAGGAUCAGGUAGUGGGUCAGAGGUUCAUAAGUUUGGACCCCCACAGCACUCUACUAUUUGUCCCUUUAUUCUAAAACCUGUAAUAUUUAAUAUAUUUUUGUACUGCUGAAAUCAGCAGUUAACCUCCUGUUCUGAUUGCAAUCUUUGUAAAAUAAUGUCCCUGCUGCUAGAGUGAAAGUGUUACCACAAUUAAUAUUCUUUUAUUCUAGCUGUCAGAUGCCACAUUUCAACAGUUUUAAUUGUGUCUAUAAUUGUUCAUUUUACACAUUGUAUAUUGGGUUAUUGCUCUGUGCACACUGGUUUGUGAGCUGAUUGGUAAGCCAAGUAGAUCUGGUAGUUUUUGAAAUUGCCUUUAUUUUGAAUAUUUAUAAUAUACAAUUUGUAGAAUGUUGUAUAAAGAAACAAGGAGAUAAAGGCUUGAUUUUUUUUUCUCAAUAAAUGCGUAAAAAAAU